GCAGGCCGGUAGCUAAGCUUGUGAGACAUAUAUCGUGUCAAGCAAAUAACCAAGCACACUGAUCGAUCAAUAAGAAAGAAGCUCAAGCUAAUUAACAUGGCGCCCAGCGUCUGCACAGCCUGCAGCAACGGCAACGGCAACGACAACAAUGGCAAGGACUACCUUGACCCCCCGCCGGCUUUACUCCUCGACACGGCCGAGCUAACCAAGUGGUCGCUCUACCGUGCCGCCAUCGCCGAGUUCACGGCCACACUCCUCUUCGUCUACAUCGCCAUCGCCACAGUCAUCGGCCACAACCACCAGUCCUCAACCGCCUGCAGCUCCGGCGCCGGCAUCCUCGGCAUCGCCUGGUCCUUCGGGGGCACAAUCUUCGUCCUCGUCUACUCCACCGCCGGCAUCUCCGGCGGCCACAUCAACCCGGCAGUCACAUUCGCGCUCCUCCUCGCCCGCAAGCUCACACUCCUCCGCGCCGUCUUCUACAUCGUCUCCCAGUGCGUCGGCGCCAUCUUCGGCGCCGCCAUUGCCCGCUCCGUGCACGGCAGGGCGCGCUACCUGCUCCACGGCGGCGGCGCCAACGAGCUCGCCCCGGGCUUCUCCGCCGCCGCCGGGCUCGGCGCCGAGGUCGUCGGCACCUUUGUGCUGGUUUACAUUGUGUUCUCGGCGACGGACCCCAAGAGGAAGGCCAGGGACUGCCAUGUCCCGGUCCUCGCGCCGCUGCCGAUCGGCUUCGCGGUGUUCAUGGUGCAUCUGGCCACGAUCCCGAUUACGGGGACGGGGAUUAAUCCUGCCAGGAGUUUGGGCGCUGCGGUGGCUUAUAAUGGGGACAAGGCGUGGAGCGAGCACUGGAUUUUUUGGGUCGGGCCGCUGCUUGGGGCUGCUUUGGCCAUGGUGUACCAUGAGUUUGUGCUCAGAGGCAAGGCCAUGGCUUCCUUCCGCCGCUCAAACUACACCGCCGCCGCCGCCUACUAGCUUAAUGUUUCCAUGUUCGAGAUUAUUGCAUUAUUGAUUUGCAUGUUUAAUUUCAUCACGUACGUGUAUGGUCAGCUGCAUGCCUGUUUAUGCAUGGUUUUCAAAAUCCAUUUUAAUCUUCUUCUCUCUUUUUUGUUAUGCAAGCUUGUAAUUGUACGUAAUUCUUCAAUAAAAUGUUGUGGUGUGUAAUGUUGUACUGCUA